AUGGAGCCUGCUGAGUUGAUUUCUGAAGAAUGGAGUUCUCUUAGUGGACUCUACACAGCUGAGGAAGCUCACUUCAUGACUCAGUUGCUUGGCGGUAACUAUUCCGUUUCAGUCCCAGAGGAUCUCUAUGGAAGUUCAAGUUUUGAUGUUCCAUUAAUUGGCCAUGAAUCUACAAUAGUGAGCGUGACAGGAAUCAAUAACAAUUCAUAUUUUCCUUCAAAAGCUGCUGCUAAUAGUAAUACUAAUAUUUUCAGUUUCUCGCAUGGGAGUAGCUCCACUACUGAUGGUGGUGGAACCUACUCCUUUGGCUCCAUGUCCAUGGGUUUUUGCUUGGGGGAUGCCAAAAUUAGUCCACAUAGUUUUCUAAGGAAUGACAACUCAAGCCAACAUAUAGAUGAAGAGUCAGGUCUACACCCAGAAAACAAUUCUCAGGAUAACAGGGUUUUUGAUCCCGAGGUAGAGGAUAGAAGUUGCAACCCAGCAAAAAGAUUUAAGAGCUCAAUGGAGGUCUCAAAGAACAGCAGGAAGAAUGGUAAGUCAAAGCUGAAUCCAAAAUCUGCUUCAAUGAGCAAUAAUAAUGAAGAGGAUAGAAGUGCUUGUCUAAAGGGACGGAGCUCAAGCAGUUGCUUCUCAGAGGAUGACUCUAAUGCUUCUGUGGGGCUAACUAGAGAGGAGUCUUCAAGCCUGAGCCCAAAAGAUCCCGCAAUUCUCAAAUUAAAUUCCAAAUCAAGAGCUGACAAAUGUCCUGCCACCGAUUCACAGAGCCUUUAUGCAAGAAGGAGAAGACAAAGAAUAAAUGAAAGGUUGAAAAUCCUACAAAAUCUUGUCCCUAAUGGAACCAAGGUGGAUAUCAGCACCAUGCUCGAGGAAGCUGUACAGUAUGUGAAGUUUUUGCAACUCCAAAUUAAGCUUCUGAGUUCUGACGAUCUGUGGAUGUAUGCUCCCAUUGCUUUCAAUGGAAUAAACAUUGGACUCGACCUCAAUAUUACUCCAAGCAAACAACCUUAG